AUGUGCCCCGCUCGUCUACAGGUGCGGCGCAGCGUGCGGGGCAUCAGCAGUGGAGGCGCCGCGGCGGUCCGUCCGGUGCGUACCUCGGACAGACCGGGGGACCGAGGGAUCCGCCGAUGCCAGGCGGUUUCCCCGCCGGGCCACCUCAGUCCAGCCCGGAUCCGGCCCCGAAAUGGCAACCUCGGCCCCCGAGGAGUUGACGAUGAUGGACUUGACGCGGGGCUUGAAUGCGCCCGGCCUCCGCUGGGACAGGUGAGGGAGCCAGAUCCCGCGGAUCCCGUCCCAUGCCCACCAUCGGUGAUGGGGAGGAGGCGCGGGGCGGACCGCUGGUUGCAGCAUAGGAGCACUCUUCUCGGAGCAGGAGCCUCGGCGUGGGAGCCGGAUCUGGCAGCAGGCGGUGAAGUACCCGGGGCGACGCAGGGGACGCAGGCGACGAACCACGGGGCGGUGUGGCGUCGCGCGGACCGGCGCCUGGAGGGGCCGGGAGAGCCGGUCCGCCGGGGGUUGGCCUGCCCCGUUCAAAUAUACUUACCAUCUCUCCUCUCCUCUCGGUCCGCCUCUCCCGUCGCCCAGCUCCACCGCCUCAUCUCUGCCGCCGCCGCGCCCGUCGUACCCCCGAACCCUAGCUUCGCGGCGGAGAACUACCUCGUCGACACCUGCGGCCUCACCCGGGCCCAGGCACUCAAGGCCUCCGCCAAGGUCAACCACCUCAGGUCCCCCUCCUAUCCUGACGCCGUCCUCGCCUUCCUCGCCGGCCUCGGCCUCUCCAGCGCCCACGUGGCCGCCCUCGUCGCCAAGGACCCCAAGUUCCUCUGCGCCGGCGUAGAGAGGACCCUGGCCCCCGUCGUCGUCGGGCUGGCCGGCCUCGGUUUCUCGCGUCCUGAGAUCGCGCGCCUCGUCUCGCUCGGUGGCGCCAAAUUCCGUUGUAGAUCCGUCGUCUCGAGUCUACAAUACUACCUGCACCUCUUCGGCUCCGCCGAGAAGCUCUUCCGGGCGCUCAAGCAUGGCUCCUGCCUUCUCUCGUCCGACCUCGAGCUCGUGAUCAAGCCCAACGUCGCGUUCCUGGAGGAGUGCGGGCUAGGUGCUUGCGAUAUUGCCAAGCUGUGCAUCGGCGCUCCAUGGUUGCUUAGCACCAACCUGGACCGUCUCCAGGCAAUCGUCGCAUGCGCCGAAGGUAUAGGUGUGCCUCGGUGCUCUGGGAUGUUCAGGCAAGCGCUGCAGGUUGCAUUCCUCGGCGAGGAGUAUAUCACAGCCAAAGUGGACCACUUGAAGAACAUGUUCAGGUGGUCGGAUGCUGAGGUGCGCAUUGCUGUUUGCAAAGCUCCAAUGGUGCUGACAUUGUCGAAGGACCUGCUGCAGAGGAAGUCAGGGUUUCUGGUCUCUGAAGUUGGGUUGGAACCGGCAUACAUGGCUCAUCGGUUGACAUUGCUCACCUACAGUCUAGAGGGCCGGCUAAGGCCCCGGUACUAUGUUGUAAAGUUUCUUAAGGAAAAUGGAUUGCUAGAUUAUGGACGAGACUACUAUAAUGCAGUCGUGCUGACCGAGAAGGUAUUCAUGGAGAAGUUCAUAUGCCCUCACAAGAAAGCUGCACCACAACUCGCCAAAGACUAUGCAGCAGCGUGCAGAGGGGAAGUGCCGGCUAGAUUCAGAUUUACAUGAACCAACUCCAGUAUGAAAAUUCGUAACAUUUUCACUAUUUGUGUGAGAUUCAAGAGAAACAUGCAACACAUGUGAUUGUUUCCGUAA